CUCAGAAGCAAUGCGAAACAGCAGACUUCAGACUCCCACAUCGGUGUGCUGGAACAAUCCAAGCAGGCAUCACCAGUUACCAUUUCUCAUUAACUGAGGCAGCAUAAAGGAUUCUUGGAAUGAAUACAAUUGUGAAUUCUGGUGGAAUGACUGUGGAUAUUUCCUCAAAACCAAACCAAAGCACCCAGUUAGGAAAGGCUGGAGCAAUUGAUAGCUCAGGAUGUACACAGAACAAGCUGCAGAAAUUCCUGAAGGGAAAUCUCAACAUGCUAGGGGUGGCUCAGAUUAUGAUUGGUAUGAAAUUCAUCUUCUAUGGGACAAUUGGAAUUAUUGUUCUCCAUUUCAAAGUGUUCACAAGCAGUUUCUUCUCAUUUAAAACAGGUUUCCCAAUAUGGGCAGCUUUAUCUUUUAUCAUUUCUGGAUCUCUGACAAUUGUGUCUGCAAAGAAGCAAACAAAACCACUGCUGAGAGGAAAUCUGGGAGCUAAUACUUUCAGCACCAUUGUCUCUAGUAUUGGAUUCAUUGUUCUCUCAGAUGACUUAAUAAAAAUUCUUUUCACCACAUGUGAGAGGGAAGAUUUAUGUUCUGGUAUCAAAUCGGCUGCAACGGGGCUUGUGAUUUCACUGAUGAUACUAAGCUUUCUGCAACUUUCAAUUACAAUUUCUCUCUCCAUGCUCACCUAUAAUGUGGAUGGCAAGGACAUUGGCUGGACUUCUGCAUUACCUUGCCUGAAAUCAGCUUCUGAAGAUCCUUAUCAAGACUUUCUGCCUCAAACUUCAUUCUACCAAGACUUUGAACAGAAUAGCACAAUAUCCUCGCACUAUGAUCCCUGAGACUGAAGUACAAGUGUGAGAAUAUCCUUCUGUAACUUUUAGUAAUGAGGAUGG